CGCGGCAGCUCAAUCCAGACACUUAUCCAUGUAUGAACUGUUGGGUCACAGAGAAGUGCAGCACGAGCUUUGAGACUUUGGAAGCUGCAGUGACGGACGGGGGGUGUACUUAUAUUCGUGUGCUCUUUUAACUCGUGUCGUGCUUUUUCUUCUUCGUUUUCCACAGUCCAGUCACCGGGGAAAGUUAGUACCAACGCCCACCCCAAGGAGUUCGGUGUUCGCUGUCCAUUUCAAAUUUAUUGUUCAAAUCCCCCCCCCCGAAAGGAAAAUAAUUCAGAAUCACAAAGACCAACAAUGUCCAGCAAUCCUGAGCCCGAUACUGUAUCGCUUGAUACCUCGUUCGAAGCGACUAUUCAGAUACAAGGACGAACAUACCAACAAUGGGCUGUUGAGCACGGGACAUCCUACGGACCCGUUGAUGAGUAUGAGCGCGAGAGACAGGAAACACAGCAUGAAAUUUUCAAGUUAGUUUUCGAUCGAAAGUUAAUAUUCCCUCCAGUACACAAUCCUAGAAAAAUACUGGAUUGCGGGUAUGGAUCCGGCAGUUGGGCGACAGAUGUCGCCAUGAAGUAUCCCCAUUGUGAUGUCAUUGGAGUUGACAUAUCUCACCACAUGAUGCCUGAUGACCCGCCACCAAAUCUCAUUCUUCAGGUCGACGAUCUUAACGAACCAUUUACUUUUCACUCAAAUGAGUUUGACUUUAUACAUUCUCGAAAUGUGGUCACUGGUAUCAACAAGGCAAGAUGGCCAUCCUACGUGAGAGAUUGCGCUCGGGUACUGAAACCAGGGGGAUGGCUACAAAUGAUAGAAAUUUAUCACAACGUGCAGUCAGAUAACGGAACUAUGACGGAUAGGCACGCACUUCGAGAACUGAGCACAAAAUUCCUAUCGGCAUCAGAGAACUCAAAGGAUCUUCGUGCACCAUUGGCGCUAGAGUCCUUCAUGCGGGAUGUUGGGAUGGUGGAUGUGGCAGGCAGAAUGAUCCCGCUGCCGUUAAAUGGGUGGUCGAUGAACCCCAAGGAGCGUGAAAUCGGCGAAAGGUUCAACUAUUCGUACAAAGCAGCCAUGAGUGGUCAUAUGCGCAUUCCUCUCACCGAGAGACUCCAUUUGACCCACAGCCAGUUCAACGACCUGAUACAAAGAGCCACAGAAGAACUGGACAACCUCGGUUUGAAGCCAUACGUUGGAUUAUAUAUUUGCAUCGGGGUAUCCUCCACGGUCAGAACAACCGAGGCCUCCUACAAUAGCACAAACCACCUCACACGCAAAACAAAACCCCAGGAAAUCACUUGAUUACGGAAAACGAACACCGUAUCAUAGGGAGCGAUCAUAUUGGUUCGGCCGGGGGGAAAGAAUGAAAAGGAAAAAAAGACAAAAGAAAAAAAAAAGUUCGGGAGUCAACAGGACGUCCUGGAUGUUCCUAUGGGGAUCGUACAAGGUAUAGCUGGUCUAUUAACAUUUUUUACUAUUUUGUACGGCGCUUAGAUAAGAAUGUUAAACAAAGAGUUUUGGCCUCGG